GCAAAAGUGCUCAGUGUUUCCGGCGUAGAAGAAGAGAUCCACGCUGUUGUACACCGGUAGACACGUUAUGCGACCAGCGAGUGGACAACAUAUUGUUUGUAACUCAUUUAAACUAAUGUUUCACAAACGUCUGCUUUCUUAUUCCGCUAGCAGCUGAGCUAACUAGCCACUGUGACUUGUGUCUGCUUGUAGCCGAAGCUACAGCUCGGCUAACAGAAGCUAGCUUCACUAGCAUGAAUCAGCUAUGAACGUCAGGCCCACAUUCUCCGGCAUUGGUCUGUCAACAUUUAAAGAGCAAGCAUGAGCAGCCUGGAUCAAGACCAGCGUCUCCAUCCUAGUUGCCGUGACAAAACAACAGUCUCUAGUGACUCAUCAGACGCUCAUGAGCUUGCCAAGCAGCCUCUCCAAGGUCUAAAAUUGGCAUCCCAUGCAGUGCUGGAGGAAGCACAGCAGAGGGGCAGGUUGAAGUGCUCUAAAUGUGGAGGAUCAAGGAUGUUCUUCUGCUACACAUGCUGCUCAUUAGUGGGUGUCACCGUACAAGAAAUUCCCUUAAUCAGGCUUCCUGUGAAGAUAGACAUCAUCAAGCAUCCCAAUGAGACAGAUGGCAAGAGUACUGCAAUCCAUGCCAAGAUCCUUGCACCCAGUGACGUCACUAUAUACACAUACCCCUGCAUACCUGACUAUGAAAAGGACAAGGUAGUGUUAGUGUUUCCUGGUCCAGGAGCUGUCUCGGUUCAGGACGUGAUGAAGUAUUUGCUUGACAGGACUGACAGCGAUUCAUAUUACUCCUCUGAUGAACCCUGCAUAAAGAGGCUGAAGAGUAAGGAAGUUCAAGGCGCCACACACACUGCCGAGAACCCGGAGUCAGGGACCCCAGAUGAAGCAAAGGGCUUUGAGUCAAAGGUGUAUCCCCUAGAGAGGGUGGUCUUCAUUGACAGCACAUGGAACCAGACCAACAAGAUCAGCACAGACGAGAGACUGCAAGAUUUGCUCCGAGUAGAGCUGAAGAUGAGGAAAACAUGUUUCUGGCGCCGGCAGAAGGGCAAACCAGACACCUACCUUGCUACUAUCGAGGCUAUUUAUUAUUUCCUCAAGGACCUCCACGAGCACUGCCUUGCUCAGAAGUACGACGGAGAAUAUGAUAACCUUCUCUUCUUCUACUCUUACCUGCACUCGGUUGUCAACCAGGCUAAGACUUCUGCUGGAAAAUGUUGAGAGGAAAACCUGAAAUCGGCUACGAGAGACUGUUACAAACUGUAGCUGAAGGGUUGAUUCACAUGCCAGCCCUGGUGUGUUUGGUUUUAUUUUAUGGUUGAGUGAUAUUUUAUUUUGUGAGGGAUCUGUUUGUAUAAGAAUAUGCAAUAAAACACAAAGGGUUUACAAAAACAUGAA